UUAUCUCUAAAUUAGACAUGGCGCGUGUAUACACGGUUUCUGAAAUUUUACAAAAAAUUUUAUUUUUUUCAUUUCUAUUAUCUUGUUUAACAUGUUUAGUAAGUGCAAACCGUGAACUCAAUGAGGACAAUUGGAAAGAAAUCCUCGAAGGCGAAUGGAUGGUGGAAUUCUACGCACCAUGGUGCCCCGCGUGCAACGCGCUGGCGCCCGCGUGGCGGGAGCUGUCGACCCGGGCGUCCCGCAAGUCGCUCGCCAUGCGGGCAGCAGCCGUCGACGUCACCAAGUCACCAGGCCUGAGCGGGCGCUUCGUGGUCACCGCAUUGCCAACUAUAUUUCACGUAAAAGACGGUGAAUUCCGCCAGUACAAGGGUCCGCGUGACGUGGACGCGAUGCUGUCCUUCGUGGAGCAGCAGCGGUGGAAGCAGACUGAGCCGAUCCCCAGCUGGAAGGCGCCGCAUUCGCUGCAGAUGAGCCUCGUCGCUGAGUUCUUCAAAUUGAGCCAGGCGCUCAGGAGUGUACACAACACGUUGAUGGAGACCUAUGGGUUGCCCACAUGGGGCUCGUACCUCAUCUUCGCCGUCGCUACAAUAUUCAUUGGUGCUAUACUCGGAUUGAUCUUGGUGUGUAUCAUCGACCUGCUGUACCCGCCGCGACGCUCCGAUAAAGUGCUCAUCUCCCGUACAGAAGCAGAAAAGCUCGCCAAGGGAGACCAGAAGAAGCCUGAUGAUGUCCAGGAGCUACUGAACGACGACAUCGUGGAUGAUGCUGAAAAUGGCAACAGCGAUGCUGAGAAGAACUCGCCCAGUGAUACAUCGGACGAGGAAAAGGAGAAACCAGUGGAAGGGGGCGACGCGAAGGCCGAACAGAAGGACGAGAAGCCGAGCGAGGUCCGCAAGCGGAGGCCGAGGAAGGCCGAUUAAGUACGGGAGGACGCAAAAAUAAGUCCCGUCUCAUAUACAAUUCGUUCCUAGCUAGGUGGCAAAAGAGUUUAUCGAUAGAGUCGUUGUCACUACCGAAUAGAAGAGAUAGGAGACAGCGACAUCCGGUGUCUUAUUCUUUCUCAUGCGAAUGCUGACCGGAACAUAUCUAUUUAUAAAAUCUUUGUUGGUAACAUGUUCAUGAGGUUGCGACAUCUGGUAUCUUGUUGCGAAACCGUUAUUUUAUGAAACUCCAUAUCACUGGUUAGCUGUUUUGAAUUAUUUUGUUUAAUUCUGCUACCGUUAGUAUGCACUUGACAGCCAAUAGUCGAAAAUUGACUACUAUAACCAGGGUUUCUACAAUCUUCCUUAAUAGUCAUCCAUCUCCGACUAGCGGUCGGAGUUGGAUUGGAGAUGGUUCCACGCACGUUCGUCCAUUCGUAGUUUAGGUUUACCGCCAAACGGUUAACACUAAGUUCCAAGCAGCGAUCUAUUAAUUUGCCUGAAGAUGACGUUUAGAAGUGAAACACGUAUCGCAAAACGUGCGUGAACGGAAUGGCGGUCGGAGAUCGAUGGAAGGUUGUAAAACUUGUUGUAUAUGUAUAGUAUAAUAAUAGUAGACAAUUUUAGAGUGUUGCCAGUCACACGCCUACUAGUACUAGCUAACCAGUGAUUCUAUAAAUACAUCUCCCAGAGGGAGACUUUGUACAAAAAUCGAUUGCUUGGGUACCUCUGUCCCAUUCGUGUUCUAACCGUGAAGCAGUUGUGUUUGCAUGGCUGUGUUUCGGUUUGAAGGGUGGGAUAUAGCGUGAAUUUACUGGGUACAGAGGAAUAACACCUGAGUUCUCCAGAAUGGCAAGGCAUGGGGGAUAUCAUGGGCGAAACAGUAUACUCUGUUAUGUCCAUGGUACUGCUCAUGUCUAUAGGCGACGGUUACCACUUUACAUCAGGUGGGCCAUCAGCUUGUUUGCCAUUCUAAGUUGUAUAAAAAAAAUAUAGAUAGAUGAAUAUUCUUUAUUGUUGGUUACAAAAAAAAAUUCAAUAGUAAACUUAGAUAGAUAAAUAGAUUUAUUUUGCCACUUAUCUAGGACGGGUGGAGAGUUAAAAAUCAAUUUUGCAGAACCAACAGGUUUCACUUUACAUAACCCGCUGAGUUUAAUACCAUAUUUACAUAAGCGAGUUACACGAGUUCUAUUAUGAUACCUGGGCAAUAAUAUUAAACCGCGGAAUUAGAUAACUGUACGAAAGCCUAAUGACAAUGUACGGAUUGCAUUUUUAAUAUGUUCCAACGAAAUAGGAUUAUGACCUGAGGGCCUACCGUGAAAUGUUUUCCGAAAUUUCGGAGCUAAACGAAGCACAAAUUUGAUGUGAAAAUUAUAUAAUACAUGCCGUUUGGAAAUAUUAAAAAUGUUAUGAUAUUGUUCCUUUGGACUUUUAUGAUAGGAUGUAUGACGAACGAAAUGUUAAACUCCAGUUAUUGGUCCGAUUUUGGUAUAAACAAAAACACGAAAUUGAGUCCGAAAUUUCGGAAUUUCAUGUCAUGGUAGACCCGCUGUUUUUUUUUUCUUUCUUUGCAUAUUUAAUAGACAAUCUCAAUUUUUUUUUUUACUGAAAUUCGUUGUUGAAGAAUGAGGUUGAUUACAUUUAUGUAUAAUGAAUUAACACAAAAUUUUUGUGUACUAGCCAAAAUACAUUUUUUUUUUAGACCACGAAUGUGGCAAAUAUAUAUAAAAUGUAUGCUUAUAGACAGUUUGAUUGUAAACGAUUACUAUAGCCAAGAUAUUAAUACAAAUCUAAGAAACAUAAAAAAUGGCGAUUUGAAAAGUUAAUAAAAAAGAGUUUUUUUAACUGUUAAUUCUAUUUUAUGAUUGAUGACGACUCUAUUAUUAAUUUUAUGCAUUAUUUCAAUAAAAAGAUAUAAUUUUUACUUACUUUUACAAAAAAAAAACAGCAUUUUUAUUAUUCCAGCGAAUUGUCGAUUAUGUAGAUGCUAGGUUAAUGCAGAUUUUUUUUUGUUCGUUAAAUAUUUUCAAUGUAUUCUAUCUAUCUAUCCUAUUUAAGAGCUGCACUCUUGUCGGUGGCGCUCUUGCCACUCACUACGAUUUUCAGCGAGUCUCUUCACCUCUUGAUACGACACGACACCAACUCCUUCCUGUAUUAUAAUGAAAUAUUUAAAUAAAUAUGAAAAACAUAUACUAAUAAUUAAAGUGUUGAUAUUGAUAGAAAAAAAAGAUUGAGAUAUAUAAUACCUUACUAACGUAAUAAAAUAAAACCCCUAAAACCUCGUAUACACCUGUUGUAGGUAAAUAUUUUAAGGCUUAUAUAAAGAAAUAAUCCAAACAUUGUCAUUAGUAAAUAUAAUGUAUUAAUGUGUCUCAUAAUACAAUAAUUUUCAAAAUAUACUCCAAUAUUCAAACUCAAAAUGUUGAAUUUAUAGAAAUUUCUUAAAUACCUGAACGCGACUUAUUUUUGUGGUAAUUUUAGUGUUGAGAAGAAGGCUAGUGUCCGCUAUAAAGGUACAACACUAUGAAAAAUUGAAAUGCGUACAAUGCGAACGCAUCCUCAUGUACGCAUUUAAAAUGUUUGUAACAAACUAGGAUUUGAAUGAAUUUGGUCGAAAUAGGAUUUGAUACCUUCCCAGUAGGUAGGGAUAUACCUAAUGGCUUACUUAAAAAUAAUGCUCACAAGAAACUUCACCUUGCUUUGGCUAAGGUAAAUCUGUGAUGGGAGAGACCAUAGCAUGUUAAUUUACACCGCGUGAGAGGGACACCUUAGAUAUAAAUGUAUUUGUGAUGUGCAUGGUACUGUUCAUAUCUAUAGGUGACUGUUACCGAUUUCCAUCAGGUGGACCAUACACUUUUGAUAGAGUUUAUGACCCGAAGUUAAUGGGGCCGAUUAAAAGACGCCAUUCCCGUAAAUCUAUUACUAAAAUUUAAAUUGAUAAUAAGUACCAUCAAGCAGUGGCGUAACUAUACCAUUUGGGGCAUGUGGCAAAUUCUUUUGAUGGGGCUCUAUCAGGAAAAAAAAACUUUUCAAGUAAAAUAAAAUGCUCAGGUACUAGGC